AUGGAUACUGAUCAAGAAAGUAAUACAAGCGACUUAUCCUUUCCUGAUGAAAGCGAUUUUUAUGACGAAAAUGAAAGUGAUCUUGAACUAGAUGAAGAAAACGUUAUUGAAGAUGAAAAUGAAGAAGAAGAAGAAGAAGAAGAAGAAGAAGAAGAAGAAGAAGAAGAAGAGGAUGCUAAUGAAAACAAAAUGGAAGAAGAACUUGAGUGGAGUUGGAGUGAAAACUUUAUACAAGACACAAAUUUUUCUGUAAAUGAAGUCAAAGGACACACGACAAUAAAUUUUAUCAGUAACAUCAAACCAGUUGAUAUCUUUCACAAGUUCUUCACACGAGAUGUUUAUGAUUUGAUGAUCAAACAUACAAAUAUUUAUGGAAAGAAAAAAUCGUUAGCGCAAAAACAACCAAGUAAUUGGGAAAAAGUCAAUGAAAGUACUAUUCGUGCUUUUAUUGGUAUAUUAAUAAUUAUGGGUUUACAUCGAUUACCUCGAAUAAAUGAUUACUGGAGUCGGAAUAAAAUAUAUUACACAGAAAUUAUUUCCAAAACUAUGCCGAGGAAUGAAUUUUAUCGAAUAUUUACUUCAUUCCAUUUAUCAGACAAUACAAAACAAAAUCAAUUUGCAAAAAGUUCAAAAAGGUUCAAGUUAUUCAAAGUUUUUGACUUCACACGUUUACUCAGAACGAACUUUCAAAUGAACUUUAUUUUGGGAACCAAUAUUUGCAUUGACGAAACCGAUCAAGAGAGAAUACAAGGUGUGGUGUUUAGCAGAUUCUUUGACAGGAUAUCUUUAUAA